UUAAUAACCAGAUGUUAGGCCGAAUUUCUGUUGUAAAGUUACAGGCACUGGCUUCUGAGCUGAAAGCAGGUUUCACUGAAGCAAUGCAGGAGCUCUCAAGGAUCCAGCAUGGAGAGUAUGCUCUGGAGGAGAAGGUUAAGAGUUGCCGCUGCGCCAUGGAGGAGAAAGUGGCUGAGAUGAAAAAUUCUCUGAACACUUUCAAGGAGGAGCUCAGUGAUGCUAAGUCAAUGAUUGAAGAAAUCAGCGCCAAGCAAGAGGAAAUGCAACAGAAAAUUGAACAGCUACAGCAAGAGAAACGCAGGGAAUCUCGGAAAGUGAAAACUAAAAGAAUACAGAAGGAUGAACAUGGGUCGCAAACAGUGCCUACCCCUCUGCAAGGCAGUCCAUUCCGAACAAUAAAUCUCCCAGAGCCAGUACUGAUUAGUGAAGAUUUUACAAAUCUCAUGCACAAUGUGACUUAUGAAAAAGGUGUGACUAGUGCAAAUGCUGAGACAGAAGAAAGCCUCAAACCUUCCUUGACAUCUGAGGCUCUUCCAAAGGGUCACCAAGGAUCAACAGUGUGGAAACAGCCCAAGGACAUUAAGGAAUGGGGAGAUGAAUAUAUUUCCAAGGAGCAGCCAGAGAGAGGGAAGGAAAUGAGCCAAAGCAGAUACAGCUCAGCGGACAGCAUCUUAUGUGAAACUUCCUUUGCUGCCAAAAGACAGAACAUUGCAUUAGAGCUUUUGGAGUCUGAAAGGAAAUAUGUCAUCAACCUGUCCCUGAUCCUGAAGAUCAAAGCCACGUUGCAAGGGCCAGAUGUGAAGAGGAACACAAAGGAGAGAAGUUUCUUCCCCAACUCCUUGCGAUACCUGGUCCAGCAACACAUAGACUUACUCCAUGCACUGCAAGAGAGGGUUCUGAGCUGGCCCCGCCAGGGUGUCCUGGGGGACAUAUUCCUGAAGUUAACAAAUGAUGAGAACAAUUUCUUGGACUACUACGUUGCGUACCUGAGGGACCUCCCCGAAUGCAUCUCGCUGAUCCAUGUGGUGAUUCUGAAGGAGGUGGAAGAAGAAAUUAAGUCUGAUCUCUACAUACUCUUCUUUCAUAUAGUCCAGCGUAUCCCUGAAUAUCUUAUUCACUUACAGAACGUCUUGAAGUUCACAGAGCAAGAGCACCCUGAUUACUACCUGCUCCUAGUGUGUGUGCAGCGUCUUCGGGUCUUCAUCUCACACUACAGCCUCCUCUUCCAGUGCAAUGAAGACCUGCUCAUCCAGAAGCGGAAGAAGCUUAAGAAGUCGUCCUUGGUUAAGUUAUACAAAGGUCUGGCUUCCAGCGCCAGCCAGGAAGUAUCUCCGACACCCAGCGCCACAUCUCUCCGGGACAGCGGGAUCCACUCCGAAGAGGCCAUGCAGCCGUUCCCACCCACCCCCUUGGCGAGCACAACAGCCCCGCACCUGAUGCCACAGAUGAAGAAGCCCCAGCACACCAUGAUGGAGAACAUCUCAGCUGUAAAGGCCCCUGAGUGGGAAGUAGAAGGGAGAAAGCAUGAGAGACCUGAGAAUCUCCUGGCCUCCUCACAGUUCACAGAGCAGGAGCUCAAGGCCCUCACUGCCACCCUGCAAGCCAUCCCAGAGAUGGAGUACGAAACACCCCCAGCUGAACCCAUGGCAAAUGUUGAACGACCUGCCAGGACCUCUGCUGAGCUGCUGCAGGAUGCCCGCAGCUUCAUGCCAAGCUACGAGGAGUUUGACUAUGGGGGAGAAGUGUUCACCCUGCCAGGGCCCUACGAAGAUGAGACCUUCCAAAACCUUGCCCUAUUUGAGAACUGCUCUCCAGCCUCCUCCGAGUCCAGCUUGGACAUUUGCUUUCUGAGGCCAGUGAACUUCACAGUGGAACCGGAGAGGACCGAGCACACAGUGCAGCCACUACCCAAGAACUGUGCCCCUGUCAGCAGCAGCACGUACAAGCGUGAAGCAUUUCACAGCAAAGGCAAGCAGCUGAGCAGGUCUCUGAAGGAGCUGCCUCGGAGUGCAGAGGGCGUGAGUACAAGGCUGUACAGUACCAGGAGCAGCAGUGGUAGUCGGCUGCAGCAGAAGCCGGAGAGAAGCGUGCAGCCUCACGUGAUAACCGUUUCAUCUAGGAGCUCCCAGAGGAGCUACUUCCCCCCACAGAGAGGACCGGGUGAAAAGCAGAGCUUCUUGGAAGAGCUCCAUGCAGAAGACAACACCAGGUUCUGCCAGAAGGAUGACAAUGAACAAACAUCCUUCAGUGACCACAACCCGAGGCACGAGCCCAAAGGGGGCUUCCGGAGCUCCUUCCGCAAGCUCUUCAAAAAGAAAUGA